AUGCUACCCGAUGAGGUGGCUCCGCAACCGGAACUGGUAGUGGUGAAUUCGGUGGUUGUUGAGGAGUAUGAUCCAGCCAGGUUGAAUGAUUAUGAAGAUUAUAGGAGGGAGAAAAAAAAGAAGGCGAUGGAAGCAGAGAGGCUGAGGGAGAUUGAGAGGAGGAGGCAAGAGGAGGAGAAGGAGAGGGAAAGGGAGAAGGAUAGGGACAGGGAUAUGAAUAUUUCUAGGGAGGAAGCGUGGAGAAGGCGUGUUGCCAUGAGUGGAGGUGUUCUUAGGAGUUCUUCGCCACCUAGGAAUGGGGAUGGGUUUAGUAUUGGGACGUCAGGGACGGUAGGGUUGGGAGUUGGUGAUGGUGGACAAAUGACUACGGCGCAGAGGAUGAUGGCGAAGAUGGGGUGGAAGGAAGGGCAAGGAUUGGGGAAACAGGAGCAAGGGAUUACGACACCAUUGAUGGCAAAGAAGACUGAUAGGAGAGCUGGGGUUAUAGUGAAUGCUAGCGAGAAGAAGGUGAAGAGUAUGAAUUUCAAUGGAACUCCUCCAACUCGGGUUUUGCUCCUUAGGCAAGAGGUGCAAUAG